GAAACAGAUCAAAUCUUAUUAAUAUGCAUGCGACUGAUGGUAAGAAAGCUGGGAAGGUGAAUGCCAAAAAUCUAAACAAAAACAACAGCACACAACAAAAGAGUCCUUUCCUUACAUUUUGGUGUUGAAAACGUAAGGGUUUUGUGGGAGAGGAGCCUCUAGCGGUGGUUCUUCUUCAAUUUCUGGAAUUGGGCAUAGAUCUGCACCUUUUGAUCCCUUCAUAAAAGGAAAAGAAAAAAAUAAAUUUGAAAUUCUGUGAUAUUAGUUAUUCAAAAUGUACGGAUUCGAGGCGCUUACUUUUAACAUAGAUGGUGGGUAUUUAGAAGCAAUUGUGAGGGGACACAGAUCAGGUCUUCUUACUGCUGCUGAUUACAACAAUCUUUGUCAGUGCGAAACCCUUGAUGAUAUCAAGAUGCAUCUCUCUGCUACUGAGUACGGUCCCUACCUGCAAAACGAGCCUUCUCCGUUGCAUACAACCACAAUUGUUGAGAAAUGCACUGUUAAACUUGUUGAUGAAUACAAGCACAUGUUAUGUCAAGCGACAGAGCCAUUAUCCACCUUUCUAGAGUAUUGCACUUAUGGUCACAUGAUCGACAAUGUUGUCUUGAUAGUCACUGGAACCUUGCAUGAGAGGGAUGUUCAGGAGCUACUGGAGAAAUGUCACCCUUUAGGCAUGUUUGACAGCAUUGCCACCUUGGCUGUUGCUCAGAAUAUGCGGGAGCUUUAUAGAUUAGUGCUUGUUGACACACCAUUGGCUCCAUAUUUCUCAGAGUGCAUCACAUCAGAGGACUUGGAUGACAUGAACAUUGAAAUUAUGAGGAAUACCCUCUACAAGGCAUACCUGGAGGAUUUUUACAGGUUUUGUCAGAAACUCGGUGGCGCUACAGCUGAGAUAAUGUCUGAUCUUCUUGCCUUUGAGGCUGAUAGAAGAGCUGUCAAUAUCACCAUAAAUAGCAUUGGUACCGAGCUUACCCGGGAUGAUCGUAGAAAAUUGUACUCUAAUUUUGGAUUACUUCAUCCCUAUGGUCACGAAGAGCUGGCUGUCUGUGAGGAUUUAGAUCAGGUCCGUGGUGUGAUGGAAAAGUACCCUCCUUACCAGUCCAUCUUUGCCAAACUGUCCUAUGGUGAAAGCCAGCUGCUUGAUAAGGCCUUUUAUGAAGAGGAGGUGAAGAGGCUUUGCUUAGCAUUCGAGCAACAGUUCCAUUAUGCUGUCUUCUUUGCAUACAUAAGGCUGAGGGAGCAGGAGAUUAGGAAUCUGAUGUGGAUAUCAGAAUGCGUGGCCCAGAACCAGAAGUCUAGAGUUCAUGACAGUGUUGUCUUCAUAUUUUAGCUGGCUUUACAAGCUUUUAGAAAUAAUCACUUGCUCAUUUGCAUAAUCUGCUGUAAAUUGCUUCUUCAUGGACAAUCUUUUAUAUUAUUUUUUUAAAUCAUUUUAAGUUGUGGGAGAUUGCCCAGCUGUACUGUUUUCAGGAAUAGGAACACUGUGUGUUAAAAAUAAGUAUUUCAAAAUAUUAUUUGAUUUGUUGUUUGGAGCAAUAAAACAUGUAUCGGAUUUGGAAAUAUAUUAUUGUUGUGGAAAUGAGAAGAAUUCUUGGCUACUGAUA